GUGAUGGUAGCCUCAGCAAUGCAAACAUCUCGUUUGCAUCAUCUACAAAUCCUCUCAGAUAAUCAUAGCUGGAUGCUGUUUGAAAAACUAGCAUUUGCAGACGGUGGCGCAACAAAGACUCAAGAUCUGGUGGACAUUGGCAGAAAGAUACUGAAAAAGUGUGGCGGCGUGCCAUUAGCGAUCAAAGUGAUUGGGGGUUUGUUGUAUUCCAAAAAGGAUGCCUCGGAAUGGUUGAAGCUUGAGAACAGUGAAAUAUGGAAUGAGUCUACCAACACUGAAGGUGGAGUCAUGUCUGCCCUGAAGCUGAGUUACGAAAACUUACCUUCAUUGUCAGUGAAACAAUGCUUUGCAAGUUGUUCCAUUUUCCCGAAGGACGCUCACAUGAGAAAAGAAAGCUUGAUACAGAUUUGGAUGGCCCAGGGAUUGAUUAAUGAUGCCAAGGGAGGAGGUCAUUUGCAAAUGGAGGAUAUAGGCAGCGACUGCUUCAACGUAUUGCUUCGGAGUUCUUUGUUGCAAGCUGGUUAUAAGAAUUCCAUUUACGGAAUCAAGGGCUGCCGGAUGCAUGACCUUGUGCAUGAUCUUUCAUUGCAAGUGUCAAAUAAUUGUUUCUUAAACACGGAGGAUGGCAUGGUAGUCAGUCAUGAAGAUGAAGUUAUGCAUUUGACCGUUGUUCUGAGUCGAGGAAAGAUGUUAAAGAAUAUCGAAGGGAUUCCUCCAAAUUUGCAAACGCUUUAUUAUAUUGGGGAUGAUGGUAUUAUGCUCGAAGACAUCUUGGAAAGGUCUAAAUACCUUUCUGUAUUAAAAGUAGACUGCUGGGAUGUUACUCAUCUCCCCAAUGCAGUGGGUAAUAUGAAACAUUUAAGACAUCUUGAUAUGAGUCAAACUCAAAUCGCCGCUCUGCCAGAUUCGAUCACAAAGCUCUACAAUUUGAUGACUUUGAAAGUAAGUCGCUUGGAAGAGAUACCUAAGAAGUUUAGCAAUUUAAUUAACUUGAGGCAUCUCGAGUUUUCCACGGCUUUUUUGGGUCGGCCCUCAUGUUUGAUCCCUGGGAUUGGGCAGCUGGCUAAUCUUCGGACGUUGCCCUACUUCGUGGUAAGCCAAGACAAGGGAUGUCAGCUUGAGGAGCUGGAACACUUGCGCAACCUCCGAGGCGAGCUAAAAAUUUUUGGACUUGAGAAUGUGAGCAGCUUUGAAUCGGCAGCAAAAGCAAAGUUGUCCGAAAAAUCAAGCAUUCAAAGUUUAACACUUUCAUGGGAUGACACAAAUGAAGAUUGCGACGACAACAAUAUCAACAGUGUCAUGGAAGGUCUCCAACCUCACCCAGACUUGAAAAGUUUAGCCAUUAAUGGUUUCAAAGGUUCAAGGUUUCCGUCAUGGAUGGUGGCAAAGGAUCACUUGAUGGUACUCCUAAGGAAUCUGGUACACCUCAGGUUGGAGAAAUUGGGUAAGUGUGAACAAGUACCAUCACUAGGGGACUUGCCUUGUCUCGAGUCCUUAGACAUGGUCUCCUUACACAAUGUGAAGCGCAUUGGGGCAGAAUUCUAUGGUCUCCUUACACAUCUCGAUAUUAAUGCAAGGAGCAGCGCUUCUUGUAGUAGCAGCACCAGUAGCAGAGAGGUGAAACCAGUCACUCUGUUUCCAAAACUAAGGCGUUUUGGGCUGCGGAACAUGAAAAGGCUAGAGGAGUGGUCAGAUGCAAUGGUUCCCUCGGAUUCUUCUUCAUCAAUUAAGGUAUUCCCUAGUCUCCGGUACUUGGAAAUCGAAGGGCUCCCCAAGUUGGCUUUUUUACCAGAUAUGGAGAACUUGACAUCUCUUGAGGUGUUACGGAUAGAGAGAUGCGGAAGUUUUGCUUGUAUAAGGAAUUUGAAUAGCCUUAUAUCUCUCGAAUUCUUAUAUUUAGAUGACUGCCCUGCUUUAUUAGAUGCUUCUCUGGAUAUGAAAAACCCCCAAUCCCUACGUGCUCUACGCAUCUCAGGAUGUGAUAAGUUGAAUCCUUCAUUGAGUAAUAAUCUUGAGAAGUUCACAUCGCUCGAGGAGUUGAGUAUCGUUUCUGAUGACCCUGGUUCUUGGCCAAUUAUGGCUCUACACAGUCUAGCCAACCUCCGUGAGUUGGAUCUCGGUGGUGGCUUCUCUGACGACCUUGAUCAUUUCCCGUGGCCACACUCCAUCACCAAUCUCGUCUCGCUGGAGCAUCUUGUAUUGAGUGGAUGGCCAAAAAUCACGUCUCUCCCAGACCAAAUUCAGCAUCUCUCUAACUUGAGAACUUUAUAUAUUGGGAAGUUUGAGGGGUUGGAAGUUCUUCCAGAGUGGAUGGGUAGCCUUCGGAAUCUUCGAGCAUUGGAUAUUCGUAAUUGCUCUAACCUCAGACAAUUGCCCUCUGCAGAAGCAAUGCGACACCUCACCAGUUUAAAUCAACUACAUAUCAACAGCUGUCCUCUUUUAGCAGAGAGAUGCACCAAAGGAAGUGGCGCAGAGUGGCCCAAGAUUGCACACAUUCCCUUGGUUCAAAUCUAUCCGUUGAACAAAGUUUGACUCGUUCUGUUUUUAACUGGGACGACAUAUUACAGUUUUACAUGCAAAGUAUUUCCAUGAGGACACCUGCGUUACAGUUUUACAGUGUUACAUGCAAGCAGACAACUGAAUGAGAAUCAGGAUCCGUCGAAUGAUGAGUGACUAAGUCCACAUGCGGGAAUCGACAAUGGUGCAGCAGUGAGGAAAAGGGUUGCAAAGCGGUGAGCUGAGACCACAUUCAAAUGUUUGGGGGAUUUUGAUGAAUCCUGUUCUAUGUUGAACAGCAGCAUAGCAUAUAAAGGGAUUGUUUGUUGACUCAGUACCUCACAGUGUGUAUCUUUCUUUAUUGCUGUUUACAUGUUUCUCAAUGUCCCAACUCUAUUGUAAGGUGAAACUAUAUAAUGUAUUC